GUGAAGUUUGAGAAAAUUGCAAAAAUUGUAGCUCUGAUAUGGCCAUAAUAGAGUAGAAUCUAUUGCUCUAUCUGUUGCUGGGCAAAGUACAGUAUUUCUCGCUCUGCUGUAGUGUAUUUGCUGUAGGCAGGCAGUGUACACAAAACAUGGUCCUCCUCCUCAAGGGGUGUGUCCAACACAGGGGCUUUCGCUAUUGGUGGAUGUUUCUCCUGGUAACCAGCAUCCACUGUUAUCAACAACACUGGACACAUGAGAAUCGGAAACUUCAUCUGAUAUCGAGAAACGGCAUUAAAAUACCCGUGUAAAUAUUUCUGGAUUAGUUGAAUUUAGAAAAUCAUCGUGGGUUGACAUCCUCUCAAAAUGUGGAAUUAGGGCUAUGUGAAAACCAGUGUCUGUGAUCCCACAAUGGAUAAAGCGGAGAACCAGAGGUGUCAGGGAGGCUUGGCUGCUGAAGAGAUACUGGAUGAAUAUUUAAUCGCCCUUCAGCACAAAAACAGGAUCUUAAAGAGACUGAAAACUAAAGAGCCCAAGGAGAUCGAGCUAGAGCGUCUGGAGCAGGGCUUCUCCAUCUAUCUGAACGGUGCUAAUGCUAGCAAGCAGACCAAGAGACCCUGCCAGAAGUCCGUCACCUCGCCACCGCCGGCUCUGAGAGCUACACACACGGCUGAUGCCUCCAGAAGGGGUUUGCAGCUUGCAGAGGAGGAGACCUACAAUCUGGAGGUGAACAGCAGCAAGAGGAGCCACACCGCCCCGGGAGAAGUGCAGAGGAGAGAAUGGGUUCAGAAGUCGGUCAAUAUUCGAACAGAACAAGGACCCUGUUUGCGGAUCUCUCCAGAGAGACGGUACUCUGAAGACUUUGAACCCUACGACAGUAUAGAGAUGGAGCGGUCGAGUCCCCGUUCUCCUCGUAGCCCCCCGCGAGACUCCUGUAUGGUGUCACGUUCGUUUGGCUCCAGGGCUGAUGGCCGAGGAGGUAGCCAGGCGGAGCCUGAAUAUCAAAGCGAAAGGGUCCUACUCAACAUCGACGAGGUCAAGGUGCUUCGACGGAGUCUGGAGGUGAGCGUGCUGAGGAGCAGCAGGGGGUCGGCGGGGGAGGAGUCGGACGAGGAGUGGGUGGAGGAGCAGAUCGAGAGGGAGGAGAGCACGGAGAGCCUGGAGGAGCUAGGCCUGCCUCCCUCCUCCUCCAACAAAACAUCUGCUGACAAGAGUCAUCCGCGAGUAACUGGGCCCAAAGGCUGCCUUCGCGACCCUGCAGAGCUCAUGGUGUUGGACUUUGGGCCCUCUCCUAAAGGCCGUAAGAUCGAGCGUUCGCUGUCGGCCAAGAGGAAAGACAACAUGGAAGCCUACGUCCCCACCAAGCCUCUGCCGGUGAAGAGCAGAACUCUGGACAGGCCCUCUUCAAAGGAGUGCAGGGAUGGCAGAGAUCCUCAACGGCCAAGGAGUCGCGUAGAGCGCCCCCUGUCUGCAGCGAGGAAGGCCUCCCAAGAGGAGCGCGACUCGGAGGAGACGGCGUGCAGGGUGCUCCAGGCCCUGCAGAUCGAGAACAGCCCACUGCAGAGCCCCGAGCCCAGGGCCUUCAGCCGCACCCCGGUGAGAGGACACCAGAUGACGAACGGCUCGCUGCGUGACGACGAUGACGACAAAGAUGAGAGUGGGGUGACCAGAGCCAUGCAGAGAAUUACCCUCAUGGGUCCCAGGCAACAGCAGAGACUACUGAAGGCGUUGGAGAAACUGGAGGCAGGCACAAACUUUGACAUCCCUCAGACAGUGAAGACAGACAAUAGCAAACCACCGAAGAGGCGCGUCUCGGCCGAGGCACCGCCCACCGUAUACGUCACCAUGGAGAUCCUGAGUAACUGGGGGAACAGGGGCCAUGUGGGGCUGACGGAGAUGCAGUUCUUCGGCCCAGGGAACAGGAAGCUGUACGUGUCGCCACACGACCUGGACAUCCGGAAUGCCGACUACCCUGGGAACCUUGGAGCACUGGUCAACGGGAAACCUAAGACCACGAAGGAGCGUCAUAUGUGGACCUGUCCUUUCCAUCCUCCGGUCCAGCUCUACUUCAUCAUCAGGAACACGGAGCGCUCUCCGGACUUUCAGAUAUCCCGGAUCAAGAUCUGGAACUACAACAAGAGCAUCAAUGACCUGGACAUUGGCGCCCGGCAUGUGAAUCUUUACCUCAACAGCACGCUGGUGUUCGAAGGCGAGCUGGACAAGGGCUGUGGCAACCAGGUUUUCGACUACAGCACCAGCAUUGCCCUCCAGGCACUCCAAGUUCCAGAAUCUUUCUCUCCCAGCCCCAUGGCAUCCGGACACGGUCUCUGUGGCACCAGCCCACAGCGCCAUUGUGACAGGAGCGUGGAGGGGAACAACGGAGGGCACCAUCGUGACCCCAACCACGGACUCUCUCUCGCUGAGGGGCUAGCCCAGGUCAGAAUAGACUUGCAGGAUAAAACGCACAACCCCGUCGCCCCCACGCCUACACACCGUCCCCUACAGAAGAACUCCUUUGACGUGGACCCACUGGAACUGGACGUCCCCCACCCCCCUCUGAAACAGCAGCUGGAGCAGUCGGGUCAACCCACAGAGCGCACAGUCACCACCCAGCCUUCCUCCUCCAGGACUCCCCAGUGGCUACAGCCCCUGACCCGGAGCGCCCCCGAGGGCUGCGAGGCUGGGAGGGAGAGGCCCCUCUGGCUAGUUCCCCAGCAAUCUGUGGAGUCCAAACCUCCCCUCCCCCAAUCCUCCUCCACCUCGGUGCUCCCGGAGCUGGGCUGUAACCCGGGGAGGGUGUGUCAGGGGUUGGAGAGGACAGUGAACGGGGGCCAGGGGAGUGCAGACUCUCUGGACCUGGGAGGUGACCUGCUGGAGGAGCUGAGUGACCAGCAGCGCCAGGACCAGCCUGUUAGUGGACGUAGGAGCGCAGCCAGGCACAAUAACACUAGUAGUACCAGCAGCAAACCAGCAGUGGAGCACCAGCAUGGAGCCAUUGGACUGUCCAUAGAGGAGCCAGGUUCAGUAUCGGGCAGCAGCAACCGGAGGCAGCAGCGUACCCCCCGGGCCCAUCUCCGCAGCCAGCAGGACCAUGACGACACCCUCAUGGAGUCCUGGGACUCCCUCACCAAGUUCAACCAGUGCCAGCGUGGUCGCAUCUCCAACAUGAGCUUCGAGGGCGACAUCUUUGACGAGUUCCUCCAGCGUUCCUCCAGAGCCACCACUAUUGCUAUAAUCCCCUCCUCCGGCCCAGGAGCCUCCUCCUGCAGCCCCGUCCCCCACUCCUCCCACCUCUCCUCCCCCGCCCCUCAAGGGGGCCUCUGCGAUGACCCAGAGGAUGACCUUUCCGCAGAGCCGGAGCGCGAGGAGGAGUUUGAAAUUCCGGUCCUCCCACGUGGUCAACGUCUGGUCAUUAACAUCUUGUCCACGUGGGGCGAUCGCCACUAUGUGGGCCUCAACGGUCUCGAAGUCUUCAGCUCCAGCGGUCUUCCCCUCCUUCCCACCCGCAUCUGCGCCGACCCGCCUGAUAUUAACGUGCUGCCUGCCUACGGAAAGGACCCGCGUGUGGUCACCAACCUGAUCGAUGGCGUCAACCUCACACAGGACGACAUGCACCUGUGGUUGGCACCUUUCACCCAGGGGAGGAGUCACGUGAUCUACUUGGAGUUCGCCGGGCCGUGUCAGGUGGCCAUGAUAAGAGUGUGGAACUACAACAAGUCCAGGAUCCACUCGUUCAGGGGGGUGAAAGAAGCUGAAAUGCUGCUGGACGGGAGGUGCAUCUUCAGGGGAGAGAUCGCCAAAGCAUCAGGGACUCUGUCUGGAGGUCUUGACCAGUUCGGGGACACCAUCUUGUUCACCACGGACGAUGAGAUCCUGGAGGCCAUGUCUCGCUACGACGAGACGUUCUGCGGGGAGGCAAAGGGCUCCGAGGGUCUGGUUGGAUACGAGGAGGAGCUGCAGAGGCCCCGCACGGCCGACGGAGAGGGGGAGGAGAGACCUUUCACCCAGGCUGGCUUCAGACCCGAGGACGACCUCACUUUAAACCUCCAUCUGAACCCUACUGUUGGUCAGUCUGAGACCCUGGAGCAGAUCCCUGGAAUGUACAAUGGAAAGUGCCUUAGGAUAGAGUUGAGUAUGACAUGGGGGGACUCCCACUACGUGGGCCUGACGGGGUUAGAGGUGGUGGGGAAGGAGGGGGACAGCCUGCCUCUGGACCUGACCAUGUUGGACGCCUCGCCACGGGACCUCAACGACCUGCCUGAGUACGGCCAGGACACACGCACCCUCGACAAACUCAUUGACGGCCACAACAUCACCACUGAAGACCAGCACAUGUGGCUGAUCCCGUUCUUCUGUGGCCAGCACCACACCCUGACAGUCAACUUUGACCAGGCCCAGACGGUGGCUGGCCUCCGUAUCUGGAACUACAACAAGACCCCAGAGGACUCCUACAGAGGGGUGAAGGUGAUCCAUGUGUCUCUGGACAAUAGGCUCAUCUCUCCAGCAGAGGGCUUCCUCAUCAGGAAGGGACCAGGGAACUGUCACUUUGACUUUGCUCAGGAGAUCCUCUUCAUCGACUUCCUCCAGAACCCCACCACUGGCCUGGUCAACAGCAAAACUACAGCAGAGGACUUGGCCUACACACUGAAAGCUGGUUCCAAAAGACAGGAGCAUGCCAGCAUGGACUACGAGGCCCCCAUCAUGCCUUGUGGAUUCAUCUUCCAGCUGCAACUGCUGACCACCUGGGGUGACCCCUACUACAUCGGUAUGAACGGCCUGGAGUUCUAUGACCAGAACGACGAGAAGAUCCCCCUCAGUGACAACAACAUUGCUGCGUUCCCAGACAGUGUGAAUGUCCUGGACAGUGUGAACGGUGAUGUGAGGACUCCAGAUAAGCUGGUAGAUGGCACUCAUGAUGGCAGACACAUGUGGCUAGCACCGGUGCUCCCCGGACUGGUGAAUCGCGUGUAUCUCAUAUUUGACCAGCCAGUGACCGUGUCCAUGAUCAAACUGUGGAACUACUCCAAGACACCACAGAGGGGGGUAAAGGAGUUUGGGCUGUUAGUCGAUGACCUCUUGGUUUAUAACGGCGUCUUGGACAGCGUGAGCCAGGCGGCGCGGGGCAUCCUGCCCACCUGUGACCCGGUAUUGCCCUACCACACUAUCCUCUUCACCGACAACGCCCGCAUCGCCCACCGUGAAAGGAACACUGUAAUCAGCAACUAUGUGGAGGACCAAGAUGUGAAAAUGACCAAUGAGAAUCAGAUAGUCCAUCACAACAAGAAGAAACAAACCGCUGAUCCAGCGCUUCGGCCUAAAACCUGCAUGACAGACACUGGAAAGCUGGGGAAAAGGAGGUACUGACAGACGGACUGACAGGCAGACGAUCAGAAAGAGAGAUGGUGUGUCAGAGUGAACCUAUAUUAGGCUGCUAUGUCGGCCAUCUUUGUGCCUGGUGAUGUUACUACUCCUGUCUGUCGCUGCCCCUCUUGAUGUUGUGCUGCGUUCUCCUGCCGCUCGUGGUGCAGAGCUACUCAAAGAUGAACUCCGUGGCAACAAGUACGCUCUUAAUAGAUGGGAUCCGGAUCCUACAUUUUAUGAAUGAGUUGUGUUGAUGAAAAGCCUAGUUUUAAUAGCCCCUCGCCUAACGGCAUAACACAUGACAAUUGAGUAAUGCAACUGCAAUGUGCACCAACCCCGUCUGAAUGCUAUGCAGUAAACCAGUUCAUAUUUUCUCUCAUCUAAUAUCUCACAGUCAAAUUAUUUUUUCUAGGUGUCUGUGGUGUCAGAUGGAGGUUUAACCUUUUACAACGCAGGGUGGAUAAUUUGACUGACUGUUUCAUGAAGUAGAAUCAGGCAUCGGUACUGAGUAUUGGGUCACAUUGAAAGCAAUAGGUCGGAUACAGUUAAGGCAUCCUAGGCCGCUGCAUUUGCUCGACACAAAAACAGUACACUUGCUUAGAUAUGCAUUUUGCAAUCUCGAAUAUAUUAAUAUCAUAUUUUUGAUGAAGUAAUAUAUCGGUGAAAACUAUAGACGUUCAACACUAUGUAUUACUAAGACAUGUUUGCAAACUAAGUGACCUUUUAUUGAAGUUGUUUGAUAUGAAAACAGUUAUGAGACACCCACUUGUAGCGAUAGUUGUAGGCUAAAAUAUUAUUUCCAUAAGUUUAGAUAUAUUAUCAAGAUAUACAUUUUGGCCUUUAGUUGAAACACACCUAAGAAUAUGUAACCAUAUGUAACCAGAAAUAUUUAAUAUGCAAACACUGUAAAACAUACCUCAAAUAGGUCAAAUGUGAUCUUUACAAAGGGAUGGAUCUUUGCAGAAAUCUUGUUUUAUCUUGAAUGUUUGAGUAUAAUCUAUAGUUGGCGUGGUAUACCUUAUACCCAGUAGUAUUUUGUUGCAUGGACAAGUUACCACAGUUGUGGCUUCGGUUACAAAUGUAAAAAGGUAGACCCUUGUAUUUUUUUUAAUAAUUUGCUGCUUCAUUGAGCCACAAUAUAGCCUAUUUCUUACUAAAUACUCUUGUAUAUGAUAGAGGAGUUACAUGUUUGUUUUUUAAAAUGCAGUUUUAUGUAUUUGAUUUAAAAUGUCAGUCUGUGGGUUUAGGCUUCACACUGCACCUCCGUCAUGCUUUGAGUGACGGUGUUAUUACUGUUAAGUGUGACAUUCCGCGUUGAAAUAUUUUUAUUAUUUUUUAAAAAUCUUGUUCAAAUAAGUGUUUUAUUUGAAUGAAUAAAAUGAAAUCCUUUUAAAACAAGUGACA